UAUGCAUCUUGGACUUGGAGCACGCUUUUUCAGUCAUGAAUCAUGAUGGGAAUGCCAAAGCCAAUACACAGACUUGAUUCCUGCUCUCAAAAUCUUGAAUACAUUGAAAAAUUUGCAUCAUCGUGCUGGGAUCUGAUGUGGGUCCUCUCUCAAAUCAACCCACCCAUGACCCAUCCUCAAGUCCCACCCUCACCACACCACACCACACCACACCCCACCUCACCUUCCUCUUUGAUGUGGGCAUGUUAUCAUCUGCUUAAAGGUGCGCUUCUGGUUGUCAGUAAGGUGUGGGGUUUUGCUCAUAUAUAUAUAUAUAUAUAUAUAUAUAUAUAUAUUGAUUUGUCAUCCUUAAUCUAUCCAGAGACCCCAGCUUACCUUCCCAAUCCCACUUUCUCUCUAGUCCUUCAUAUAUUUCUGUGUUUUUGUUUCUCCAAACUUUGUCCAAAUCCCCCCCAGUUGCCCUCUAAACUACCCCCCUCGCUUUGAGCUACUCUUCAAAACUUGCUUUCAGCUCAAUCACUCCCAAAGAAAAGAAACGAAACUUAUGAAUUUUCUAUGGUUUUCUUUCUCACCACAAAAAACCUGAUCUUUAAUAUUCCUUGUUUCUGUUCAAUCAGUGAUAGAACAACGAUGGAAUUCCCAUUUCCCAACCAAAUCCCACAUUCAAAUUCGAUUCUUAUUUUCAUGUGAUUACUGCUUUCAGACUCUCACUGCUACUUGAGUUAUUCCGUUUUCUUUUGCAUUUCAUGAUCCAGAUUUGCCCCCUUCUCUCUCUCUUCCGGUGCUCGAAAAUCCUUGAAAGCGAAGAUGAAUCUGAAUCCGCUACCUUCAACUUCCCCACAACCCACUACUUGUGGCCGUCUCUAGCGCAACCUGUCAACCAGUUCGGCGUCAUUGCCCCAAUGAAACGGUCGGUCCGCCCUCUUUUCAGCAUUCUUCUGCUCUUCGUCUUGGCUGCCACCGUCAGCUUCCGCUCAAUGACCCGCCACAGUGUGGGCUUGGGCGUUAUCGAGCUUGACCUGAUCAAUAUGUUCGGGCAGACGGCGCCGCCAGCGCCGGUCUUUAACUCCACGCUGCUCCAAUAUGCCGCGAUGGACAUGGGUGAAGCACGAGCGAAGCAAGAGAUUGAGCGCUUGUUGGAUGGAAACUUUAGCGACCGGGUAAGGUACAGGACCUUCUUCGCUCCGCGAAGGUUCAAUCACCACGAUGUCAGAGCGAGGUCCUGGGAUGGGCUGCCGUUGACAAUGCGGCCGUCACAGUUACAUCGUUAUAUGUUGGAUUUCGGACGAGUAUUGGAAGAAUGGGCUCGAAAGAAAGCGUUCUUCCAGCCGGAAAUCAUAUCGGAGCUGACGAGACAAAUGAAACAUCCGAUUGACAAGCACAUUGGCUUGGUGGGUUCCGACCGGCGGUACGCGUCGUGUGCGGUUGUGGGAAACAGUGGGAUUUUGUUGAAAAGUGAUUACGGCGAUCUGAUUGAUAGCCACGAGGUUGUGAUAAGGUUGAAUAACGCCAGAAUCAUGGGUUUUGAGCGCGAUGUGGGCUCAAAAACCAAUAUUUCGUUUGUAAAUAGUAACAUUUUGCAUUUUUGUGUGAGGAGACAAGGGUGCUUCUGCCAUCCAUAUGGGCUAAAAGUACCGAUAGUCAUGUACAUUUGUCAACCGGCGCAUAUCUGGGACUACACCAUCUGCAAUUCCUCCCAUAAGGCUCCUUUGCUCAUCACCGAUCCGCGCUUUGACGCUCUGUGCGGAAGAAUUGUAAAGUAUUACUCGUUGAAAAGGUUUGCAGAGGAGACGGGGAAGCCAUUGAAGGAAUGGGGAGCUGUUCAUGAUGGUCCUAAUUUUCAUUACUCUUCAGGUAUGCAGGCUGUGAUGUUGGCUUUGGGAAUUUGUGAUAAAGUUGGCAUUUUUGGGUUUGGGAAAUCGGCUUCUGCUAAGCAUCACUAUCAUACCAAUCAGAAGAUUGAGCUUGCAUUGCACGACUAUGAGGCAGAGUAUGCCUUCUAUCGAGAUGUGAUUGAGAAGCCUUGGGAAAUUCCCUUCAUUUCCGGCAAAUUCAAGAUUCCUCCUUCGGUAAUAUACCAUUGAUCUUUUUUUUCGCCUGCUCAAGAAGUUUUGAGGGACAGAAUUGUUGAGAAUUUCUGUUUCAUAUUCUGGAAAAAAAUGUAAAAUGGAAAAUGCAAGUAUGAUUCAAGAUUUAGGUCCA